GUCCACUGUAGUUCUAGGAACCGGGUGGUGCAAAAUGGCGCCCGCGCGGCCGUCUUCGAGGUGGAGGACCGGAGGAUCUGAGGCUCAUGGGGAAGGGACUCCUCAGGUCAGAUUCGGAAACCAGAAUGGGAAACGCAGGACCUGGCGGCCGAACCACCAGCAAGCCUUCCUGGGGAGCGUGCGUGAGGGACAAGGUUUUGCAUUUCGGAGAAAACUGAAGAUCCAGCAAAAUUACAAGAAAUUGCUGUGGAAGGUAAAGAAGGCACCAACUCCACAGGAAUCCCAGUUCACAGAUCAUUACCCAGAGCAUCUGAAACACCUCUAUCUAGCUGAAGAAGAAAGACUCAGAAAACAGCAAAGAAAGGUUGGCCUGGCUUUGUCAGAAGAACAAGUUGAUCAGCCUUUGCCUGAAGAGGAGGGCAACACAGAGCAGACUUCAUGUGAAGAACAGUCGAGUGUUCGCCAGCCUCAGCCAGAAGAGCUGAAUACAGUAAACUCUGUGACUUUUCCAAAGAAAAAGAAAAAGAAAACUUCAAACCAGAAGGCCCAAGAAGAGUAUGAACGAGUGCAAGCGAAGCGUGCUGCUAAGAAAUUCGAAUUCGAAAUGAGAAAGCAAGAGAGAGAAGAGGCUCAAAGGCUCUACAAAAAGAAAAAAAUGGAAGCUUUCAAAAUACUGAGCAAAAAGACUAAAAAGGGCCAGCCUAACCUGAAUUUACAGAUGGAGUAUCUUCUUCAGAAAAUCCAAGGAAACAGUUAAAGCAGACACUUUGUCUCUGAGGACUGAAUCCUGGCUGACUGUUGCAUCCUUUUGUAUGUGUAUCGGGAGCCUCCUAAUGAUGAACUCAUUUGUUGACAUCAAAUGGAUUGCUAAAUUAUUUUUUGUUUUUGUGAAAGAAAAAUUUAUAUAUAUAUAUAUAUUCUCCACUAAAAAAAAAAAAAGAGAGAGUUUAUCCUGAAGAUCUUUAAAAACUUCAGUGGAAUUUGUAUGAAAUAAACUGCUUUGAAAUAGGCCUGAGCUCACAGUGAGAUAUUUCAGUGAUGUGAACAUGUUUCAGUUGGUUAUUGGAAAUUGAACUUAGGUCCUUGCACUGGCCUGGCAGCUGUACUAACCCUAAACUACAUUGUAGUCCCUGGGAGUUUUGAGAUACGGUCUCUGUGCAGCAGCUUAAGCAUCUCUGCUCUCAAACUUGUGCUCUUCUUGCCUGGGUCAGGAGGACUUGGACUUCAGACCCGCACCGCCAGCCCUGAUAGAUUAGUGUUUACAUCCAUUUUAAUUAAGAGAAGGAAUAACUCGCCUUUGGAGUUUUUAUUUAUUACAUUUUAGUACAUAAUACAGGAAAGUGGAUUUUCUAGGCUACCUGAAAGUACACUAAAAGAAUUUGUAUUUCCGUAAGGUAAACCUAAUAAAGAUAUUUUAUUUAUGAA